AUGAGUGUGAUCACAUGGAAUGUUAGGGGAAUGAAUAAAGCAUAUAAGCAGAAUGAGAUAAAGGAGUUCAUAAAGGAGAAUAAAAAAGCAGUAAUAGCUUUAAUAGAGCAUAGAAUAAAGGAUCAGAAAAUAGGAGAAAUAAUGGGGAGGAUUGCACCUGGGUGGAAUUGGGUAUCACAUUUUAGUAGUAACAACAAGAGCAGAAUUUGGGUGAUCUGGGAUCCUAGGAUCUAUGCGUUCAACCCCUUUGAAAUAGAUGAACACUUAAUACAUGGGCAAAUCAGCACAGUCUCUAAACUAUUCACAAUUGGUUUUACAGCUAUCUGUGGACUACACACCAUCAAAGACAGGCUGCAUUUAUGGAGCAAAUUGAGGUUGAUACAUAGUACACAGCAGGGGCCUUGGCUAGCAAUGGGAGACUACAAUGCUGUGUUACAUGAACAGGAUAGACAAUAUGGAUCAACAGUACAAGACAUGGAGAUAAAAGAUUUCAAGGAGUUCCUGCAGGAUACUGGUAUGAAUGAGCUUCAAACUGUGGGAAGAGGAUAUACAUGGACCAACAACCAUACAUAUAGCAGGAUUGAUAGAGGGUUGGUUAAUGCUAGCUGGAUGUUAACAAUGCCAAGCUUGAGAAUACAGGUGUUAGAACAAUCUAUGUACGACCAUUCACCACUCAAGCUGAUGAUAACACAUAUACAAAGGAAGAAGAACAUGCCAUUUCGUUUUUUCAAUUGUAUAGCAGAUCACCCUCACUUUAUACAGUCUGUUGAACAAGUAUGGAGUGAGGAAGGAACUCAAGGAAUGAUGCAACAGGAGAAAGCCCUUAAAGGACAAUUGGAAAAAUGGUCACUGAUUGAAGAAAGCAUAUACAAGCAAAGAUCUAGAGUACAAUGGCUGAAGUUGCGAGAUUCCAAUUCUGCAUAUUUCUUUGCCCACAUGAAGAAAAGGAGCAACUUGAAUGGAAUCCAAACUCUAUCUAAUGAAAUGGGGGUCCAACUAUGGCUAGAAGUGGACAUAGAGGCAGAAAUAAUGGGGUUUUACAAGAAGCUGUUGGGUUCUAGAGCAGACUCUAUACCUGCUAUUAAUCCAAAUGUCAUGAAGAUGGGAGAAAUACUUAGCAGGGAACAACAAUUACAUCUUAUUCAGCCAGUGACAAAGGAGGAAGUGUGGUUAGCAUUGAAGGACAUCAGUGACCUAAAAGCACCUGGAUAUGAUGGUUUUAAUGCAGUGUUCUUCAAAAAAUCAUGGGAAGUCAUAGGAGAGGAUGUGACCAAGGCUGUCUUAGAGUUUUUUGAAACAUCUCAAAUCCAUGAACUAGUUAAAGGAUAUGGAAGGAGAGGGGUGUCACCAAGGUGCAUGAUGAAACUGGAUAUGCAAAAAGCUUAUGAUUCGAUUGAAUGGGGAUUUAUGGAACAGGUGAUGAAUGCAAUGGCUUUCCCAGAACAAUUUGUGAAAUGGAUCAUGUGCUGUAUGCAAAGUGUUAAUUACUCUAUUCUAAUCAAUGGAUCACUUACUCAGCCAUUUGAAGCCAGGAAAAGACUGAGGGGUGAUAUAGGAUCUAUUAAGAUGCUGUACAACUGCUUUAUGGAAUUCUCUAAAGCUUCAGGAUUGGAGAUCAAUAAGCAGAAGAGUUCUAUCUACUUUGGAGGAGUACCUCAAGAUAUGCAGGAAGAUAUACUAGAGUUUCUGGGAAUCCAAAGAGGUGAGCUGCCAGUCAGAUACUUGGGAGUUCCCUUAAGUUCUAAGAGAAUAUCAAUAGCCCAAUGUCAGCCUCUAAUUGACAACAUUGCUGGUAGAAUAACCUCAUGGACAGCUAAAUUUCUAUCAUAUGCUGGAAGGGUUCAGUUGAUUAAAAAUGUCCUCUUCUCCAUUCAAACAUUCUGGGCACAAAUAUUUGUGCUUCCAAAGAAGAUCACUAAGUUAAUUGAGGCAAUUUGCAGAAGUUUCUUGUGGACAGGUGAGGGUAAUAUAUCUAGGAAGGCUUUGCUUGCAUGGGAGAAGGAGCAUAUGGGAAGUACAACUGAAACAAACAUCAUGGAUGAUGAGCAAGAUUAUGAAAGCAAAGAAGACAUUUGA